AUGAAUUCUAAUUAUGACAAUGAGCGCAACGAACUGGAGCACGAGCUCCAUACUGAGAUCAUUCCCGGGACAGAGAUCAUGACCGAUGUUGGCACACAUCAUUUCGUCAAGUCGUCCUCCCAUCCAGACCGAGUGCUCGUGCCGCAGCCAUCGAAUGACCCUCAUGAUCCCCUCAACUGGUCGAGGAUGAGGAAGCUUGUCGUCAUGGCCAGUGUUACCACCAUGACGUUCAGCCAGGGCUUCGGACCGCUAGCCCUAGCUCCCAUGUUCCCCCAACUGAUGGAGGCCUUUGAUGCCAGCCUCGCCGAUGUGGUCAAGUUCACCGGCGUUUGUAUUCUGGUACUGGGCUUUAGUAACUUCUUCUGGAUCCCAAUCCAAACCACCUUCGGCCGACGACCAGUCCUCAUAUUCUCCACGCUUAUCUUCGUCGUCAGCAAUAUUUGGCGAGCAACAGCAAAAGACUACGGGAGUUACAUGGGCGCAUGCGUCUUGAAUGGAUUCGGCGCUGGACCCGCAGAGACAUCCCAGCCGGAGAUCAUCGCAGACAUCCUCUUCCUCCACGAGAGAGGCGCAUACAACACCUUAUACUUUACUUUCUACUUCGGCUCUCUCAUGGUCGGACCCAUCGUUUCUGGCCCGAUGGCAGAGCGGGUCGGCUGGCGUAACUUCUUCUGGUUGAACGUCGGUCUUCUAGGGCUCGCUCUGCUGCUGGUAGUAUUUUGUUUCCCUGAGACGAAAUGGAGUCGCAUUACCCCUAUAGACGGCAGUGACGCUGCAUUGCAGUCGUCGGAUACUACGUCGGACCCUGAGAAGCCGGGCGAAAGUACAUUCCACGAGAACGUCACCGGCGAAACCGACAAUACCACUCCCGUCUCGCACGUAGGCAAAGGAACUCCGUCCAAGCAGCAAUUCAAGCUAUGGCAACCACCAAGUAACGGGUUCAAGACACUUCUCACCAGCUUCUGGAUCCCUUGGAAACUACACAUCUUCCCUAUUGUUGAACUCGCCGCGUUCAAUGUCUCGUGGUCUGCUAGUGUCUUCCUAACUCUGAACCUGACGCAGAGCCAGGCAUUCGCUGCACCACCAUACAACUUCUCCAGCGAGACAAUCGGGUUCUUCAAUAUCGCUAUCCUGAUAGGAGCGAUAAUCGGGCUGCUCACCAACGGGCCAUUGUCGGAUUGGAUCUCCAUGAGAGCGACAAUUAAGAAUGGCGGUAUCCGUGAGCCCGAGAUGAGGCUUCCAGCUGUCAUUCCCUACCUCAUCGUCAGUAUAAUCGGGAACUUCAUCGUUGCGUUUGGGUACCAAUACAAAUGGGACUGGAGGGCAAUUGUCAUAAUCGGCUACACAGCCGCCGGAAUCCAAGUCGCUGCACUCCCAGCAAUCAUCAGCACAUACGCAGUCGACAGCUACAAACCAGCCGCAGGGUCCAUCUUCGUGACCAUCACCGUGAACAAGAAUCUGUGGGGUUAUGGGUUUAGUGAGUUCAUCACGACCUGGAUUGAGAAGGAUGGCUUUGUCAAGCCGAUUAUGCUGAAUAUGUCGCUUGCUGUGCUUUGGUGCCUUUGCUGUAUUCCGUUUUAUGUUUAUGGGAAGAGGCUGAGGAGGUUUACGGCCAAGUCUAAGGUGCAUUCUAUGUAG